GAGUCGCAUUCGAGUGUUCGUCUCGUACGGUUCGCACCCUUAACGAACGGUUGCACGCGCACGCGGUUGUUCUAAUACAUACGGCGGGUUGUUCGUUGUUCUCAGCGGAAGCAGAAGCAGGUGCAGCAGCAGCAGCAGCAGUGACAGUAGAGCGUGCCAACACACGCCCGUGUGAAGCUGUGUGAAGCAAAGUGGAACAGAACAUAUGCGAACGUAGAGCACACAGCGCUCAAACAGAGGCCCGACAAACGCGAGCGCACGGAUAAAUAUAGUCAACUUUUCGGUUCAAUUUGCUUUACGGUUCUGUUUUGUUUUUCUUUUUUGGCAAACUUGCCGGCCCCAUCGAUACCCGUUUGGAAAACUUACCAAACAAACAGCGCCGGCCGAGCAAAACGGGGGCGAGAAAAAUCGAAACCAUCAUACCGUGCAGCGAGACAUGAAGCGACAACCGGCCGGCGGUAUGGAUUGCGUCGCCGUCUUCGGCCGACACUGCACGAAAUGAGUCGGAAAUCAGAAAAUCCCCCCUCCCAUCGUUCCACCCUUCAUCUCAGCAGGGGCUCGCCUAUCCCAACCCAACAGUGUCCCUGCCCUUCCGCUAGAUAGAUUUUCCCCGUUUCAUCUUCCAAAAAUGUGCGCCAAUGUGUGGCACAAGAUGGUAAGACAUAAAUAGAUUGUCGAUUGUGUGAACCUUGCACAGCGAGUGGACAUCGGUGCGGUGCGAAAACUCGGGCCUUCUUCCCCCUCCCCCUAAAAAGACGGUCGUGUGUGUGUAUGUGUUUAUGUAGUGGUAGAAAUCGAUGUCCAGCAGAAAGGAGUGGAUUGCAUCGAAUGGACGAAAAUAUUCACCUCACAGUUGAUGUGCGUUGUGAGGGUAGUGAUACUUGAACAAGAGGAAGCGAAAUAGAACGAAACGUGAAUAGAGCAAGAGAGAGAGAGAGAGAGAUAAAUUCAAAGCACACGUGAGUGUUGUAGAUUAGAAAGCGCGAAACGCGUGUUGAACCGAGGAAAUACUAGUGCGAUGAAGUAGAAGUGCAGUUUACGGUGCAAACGGUGCAACGUUUUUUCCCCGAUUGAGUUUCAUAACCAAACAAGAAAGCAAAAAAGCAGAAGUGUGAAAAGUGAUAGAAAACGUGUGUCACAAGAUGGCGGUGAACGUACUGGACGAGGAUCACUUCGCGAUCAGCGCGAUCGUGACGGUUGUGAUGCAGAUCAUCUUCUUCCUGAUCGCUGCCAUCUUUCAGCUCGACAAGCUGACCGAUUUUGCCGGCGGCGUUAACUUUAUCAUCCUUGCCUUACUGACGUUCUUUCUCGGGCAGAUCGACCGUGCGCUGAAGCCCUACGACAGCCGGCAGCUAAUGGUGACGGUGUUCGUGUGCCUCUGGGGAGCCCGGCUUUCCGGCUAUCUGCUCUAUCGGAUCGUGAAAAUCGGACGCGACAAGCAGUUUGAGGACAAUCGGCGCAAUGUGAUCCGGUUCGCCGUCUUCUGGACCUUUCAGGCCGUCUGGGUGUUCGUCGUAUCGCUGCCAGUCAUUAUCAUUAACUCACCGAGACACUCGUACCCGAAAGCGCCCAAGACGAUGACGACGCUCGAUUCGGCCGGCACGGGCAUGUUCAUCACGGGCCUGCUGGCGGAAACGUACGCCGAUCUGCAGAAAUUUUCCUUCCGCCAGGACCCGAUCAAUCAGGGCAAGUUUUGCAACGAUGGCCUUUGGAGGAUGUCACGCCAUCCGAACUACUUCGGCGAGAUCGUUAUCUGGUGGGGCAUCUUCGUAAUUUCGCUGAACGUCAUCGAGGGCAUCGAAUGGGUCGCUAUCCUGUCGCCGAUCUUUACGACCCUUAUCAUCCUCUUCCUGUCCGGCAUCCCGGUCCGGGAGCGGUCGGCGGACGAGAAGUACCGGGACGAUCUGGAGUACCGCAAGUACAAGGCGUGCACGUCGCCUCUGAUACCGAUCCCGCCCGCAAUCUAUGCGGAAGUGCCGCGGGCGCUCAAAUUCAUCCUGUGCUGCGAGUUCCCGCUGUACGAUUCGCUCGACAAGCGCCGCAAGGACGAGGGCCCGUUCGCGAUGACCACCUCCAUAUCGGUGGCGCACUCGCACUCGACCCACACCUAG